CCCCGCGCCAUGAGCUUUGGCCGGGGGGUCCGCUCGUCGGUGGUGCUGAACGUGGGGGGGACGCGCUACUCCCUGGCGCGGGAGGGGCUGAAGGACUUCCCCCUGCGGCGGGUGAGCCGCCUGCACGGCUGCCGCUCGGAGCAGGACGUGCUGGAGGUGUGCGACGACUACGACGGCGAGCGGGACGAGUACUUCUUCGACCGGCACGCCGAGGCCUUCGGCUUCAUCCUGCUGUACGUGCGCCACGGCCACCUGCGCUUCGCGCCCCGCAUGUGCGAGCUCUCCUUCUACCACGAGAUGCUCUACUGGGGCCUCGAGGGCGCCCACCUCGACCACUGCUGCCAGCGCCGCCUCGACGACCGCAUGGCCGACACCUACACCUGCUACUCGGCCGACGACCUCCGCGCCGAGGCCCGGGACGCCUGGGGCGGGGCCGAGGAGGGCGGCGGGGGCGGCGGCGGCGGCGCAGCGCCCCCGCCCGGCGGCGAGGGGAAGCCGUGGCUGGAGCGGAUGCGCCGCACCUUCGAGGAGCCCGCCUCCUCGCGGGCCGCCCAGCUCCUGGCCUCCGUCUCCGUCGUCUUCGUCGUGGUGUCCAUGGUGGUGCUGUGCGCCAGCACCAUGCCCCAGUGGCGGGCGGCCGAGAACCGCAGCAUGGAGGAGCACAGCAGGUACACGGCCGACUCAGUGAGGGAGCCUUCCGGGAUAAUUGAAGCUGUCUGCAUAGGCUGGUUCACUGCAGAGUGCAUUGUGAGGUUCAUCAUCUCCAAAGACAAGUGUGAGUUUGUGAAGAGACCUCUGAACAUCAUUGACUUGCUGGCAAUAACUCCCUACUACAUCUCUGUGCUGAUGACAGUUUUUACAGGGGAGAAUUCUCAGCUCCAGAGGGCUGGCGUCACCUUGAGGGUCCUGAGAAUGAUGAGGAUUUUUUGGGUGAUUAAACUUGCCCGUCACUUCAUUGGCCUUCAGACGCUUGGCCUGACUUUAAAGCGAUGUUAUAGGGAGAUGGUGAUGCUGCUUGUCUUCGUCUGCGUUGCUAUGGCGAUUUUCAGCGCACUGUCCCAGCUCUUUGAACACGGGCUGAACUUGGGAAAACCAAAUGAAGGCUAUUCCAGCAUCCCAGCUGCUUGCUGGUGGGUAAUCAUCUCUAUGACCACUGUGGGUUACGGUGACGUUUGCCCCAUCACUAUACCUGGACGGAUUCUUGGAGGGAUUUGCGUGGUCAGUGGGAUUGUUUUACUGGCCCUGCCUAUUACUUUCAUCUAUCACAGCUUUGUGCAAUGUUACCAUGAGCUCAAGUUCCGAUCUGCUAGGUAUGGCAGAAGCCUCUCUGCCGAGUUCUUAGAUUAA